AUGUCGACGCAAGAGACAGCAGACACUGUCAAGGACGCAGUCCAGAACGUGGCAGACAAGGUCAAAGAUAUGACAACCUCAGACAGCCCACAGCCAAACCUUCUCAAGGAUGAAGUUACCGGCGAAAUGGUCAGCAAGACGGAGUUGAAGAAGAGGCAGAAGCAGCGCGAGAAGGACGCGAAGAAGGCAGAGAAGGAAGCCACCAAGCAACCUCCACCUCAGCCGAAGAGGAAGGCCGCGACACAAGAGGAGGAAGAGGGCAAAUUGAAUGCGAACAUCAAUUCACAAGUGCAUGCUAACAUGGGCGACCAGCAAUACUUCGAGAUCCGGUCACGCGCCGUCAAGCGUAUGAAGGAAACCAACAGCCCAAACCCAUACCCCCACAAGUUCCACGUCACCUACGAUCUUCGCAACUUCGAGUCCGAGUAUGGACAUCUCAAGAAGGGCGACUUGGUUCGCGACCGCACGAUCAGCAUAGGAUGCCGUAUCUACAACAUCCGACAGUCCGGCGAGAACCUGCGAUUCUACGAGGUUGCUGUAGACGGGGCAGAGAUCCAGAUCAUGGCGACGAACUUGGAAAACACCAGCACGAUCUCCUUCACCGAUCAGCACGAUCAUCUGCGGCGAGGAGACAUCAUCGGUGUCACUGGCUUUCCUGGACGCACCAGCCCGAAGAGAGAAGACAAUCCUGGCGAGCUCUCAAUCUUUGCGCAAGAAGUCAAGCUUCUCGCACCCUGCUUGCAUCAAAUCCCAUCCGAGCAUUACGGCUUCAAGGAUCAGGAAGAGAGGUACCGCAACCGCCACCUCGACCUUAUCAUGAACAAGUCGACAGUCGAGACCUUCAAGACGCGCGCACGGAUCAUCAAGUACAUCCGAAACUACUUCGACAACAACGGCUUCUACGAACUCGAGACACCCAUCUUGAUGAAGAGUGCAGGAGGCGCCACCGCCAAGCCCUUCUACACUGAGCACAACGAGCUGAAGAUGACGCUUGCCCUCCGGAUCGCCACCGAGCUACCUCUCAAGCAGCUGGUAAUUGGCGGCAUCCACAAGGUCUACGAGCUUGGUCGGCAAUUCCGGAACGAGGGUAUUGACUUGACACACAACCCCGAGUUCACUUCAUGCGAGUACUACGAAGCCUUCUCAGACGUCUACGAUGUUAUGGAGCGCACCGAAGAACUCGUAGAAGGCCUCGUCAAGGAUGUGACUGGCGGCACAGAGACCUCCUUUACCACACAGACCGGCGAGGUCUACAACGUCAACUGGGCCAAGCCAUGGAAGAGGGUGGAGAUGAUGCCCGCGCUCGAAGAAGCAUGCGGCGAGACCUUCCCACCCAGCGACCAGCUGCAUACUAAUGAGACCAACGACUUCCUCAAGCGCAUGCUCAAGAAGACUGGUGUCGAAUGCUCACCACCUCUGACUAACGCGCGCAUGAUCGACAAGCUCGUCGGUGAGUUCAUCGAGGAGAAGUGUGUCAACCCCACCUUCAUCACCGGUCACCCGCAGAUGAUGAGUCCACUCGCCAAGUACCACCGGAACAAUCCGGGUCUUUGCGAGCGCUUCGAGGCCUUCGUCUGCAAGAAGGAGAUCGUCAACGCGUACACCGAGUUGAACGAUCCCUUCGACCAGCGUCUCCGAUUCGAGGAGCAGGCACGGCAGAAGGCCCAGGGUGACGAUGAGGCUCAACCGCUCGACGAGGGAUUCUUGACCGCGAUGGAGUACGGGCUGCCACCGACUGGCGGUUGGGGCAUGGGCAUCGAUCGGAUGGUGAUGUUCUUGACGAACCACUACAGCAUCAAGGAGGUCUUGACGUUCCCAUUCAUGAAGGAUGAGCAGCAGGCGCCAAGGCCGAAGGCUGCGGAGGUCGCUGGUGUUGAGCCGAUGCCGGUGGAGGAUGCUCAUAAGUGA